CAUUAUAUAUAUGACUGAAUUGUGCAAUUGAAAUGUUUCCUCUUGGCAUGAAUAUAGCCCCUGCUGCUGACAUGGCAUUAAAUAAUAAAUAAAUAAAUCACAACAUGUUAUAUGUAAGAUAAUAUGUGUAUUAUAAUGAACUUAUAAUCUGCUAUAAUAUGGCGGUCGUUCUGGACCAGGAACACAACUAGCUAUCAUGAAAUGAACACAACAGGAGGGUAAAUGCUACAGGCUACAAUGGCAGUUAGUGUAACGUGUUAUGUAGUGUUUCAGGCAACGACAUGGCUUCAGCUAAGUCUCACAAAGGCAUGAGUAAUGCUGAAUGGCUUGCGCGUCUGGAGAGUUUUGCCCAAACAGGAGUUUGGCCAUCUACACAGGGGAAUAGACCUUCUCCCCGACAAAAAAGAUGGCAUGAGAUGUAUCAGAAGAUAGAAAAGUGCCCUCUGCAAAUGAGGGGACAGACCACUCUUCUGAAGGAAGCUCAGACAUGUAUUUGUGGCUUUCACAAGGUUCAUCCACCAGUCACAGGGGAAGCAUCACAGAGCACCCCGGCCCAAAGCACACCCUCUGUCAGCGAUGUGUCAUGUCCUGCAAAGAGACCUAAACUGACAUUGUCAAUGUUUGAAAAGUCAAGGUUUGGAGGCUCACAUGUGGCAGCAGCAAAACCUAAUUUGAGCACCCAGAGGAAAACCUCUCAGAUGUUAGAGCACUCCAGUUCAGCUACAGUUUCAUGUCCACCCUCUGAUCCUCAUCCUCCUCCAUCCCCCAAACCUCAUCAGCCCGUCAUCCAGUCCUCCUCUUCCUUCUUCCUUCCUCCACCUCAGAGUUCACAACGCAUCAAAAAAACAGCAACGCCAUCAACUGUUUCUGAGAAUACUGUUGUGAGGAGCCCACAGGUCUCAUCUCAGCCAGAAGAUCUCCCCCUUCUGUGGCCACAGACAAUGCCACAGCAAGACCAGAAGUGGGUGUCAGAAGCACUUUUUAGGGUUGGUGCAAAGGGAAAGCUGGAGCUGCGUGAAAACCUACAGUUGUGGUAUCACCCCCCACCACCAGCCCUGUUGUACCACCAAGCUCCAACACCUGAUAGGUUUUUUUCACAGCGUCUCUUGCUCUGGAUGCCAUAUAAGCUGUGGAAGGUGCGGCUCCAGUGUACUAACCCUGCCUGUGCCAGGCAACAGCUGUGUGGUGGUGGACUGCACAGGAGGGUACGACAGGUGUUAGACAUUGACAGAUACUACAACCUGGUGACAGAGACCCUGAUCUGCACCAGGUGUAGAACCAGCUAUCUGUCCUGGAGUCAAGCUGUGCUGCAGCAGUUGGACCUGGCCCAUCGAUCUGAAUUCAGGGUCAUCCUCACACGCAAGUAUGCCUGUGACAUUCGGGUUCUUCGCUUGCUGCGUGAGAGGGGCAUGGGGAAUGGCCCAGUGAGGAUCAUCGGCCAGCUGAGAGAGAACCACAGUGAGGAGUGGUUGAAACGUGCGCUUCGGUACACAUCAGAGUGUGUGGCCUUUUUUGAUAAUCGUGGCCUGCAUCCGCUGCACUUCCAGGAGCCACCACCACUUGCUUCAGUACCCAGCUACAAAUGGCUCCUCACUGUAUAUAGUCAGGACAUUCUCAACAGGCUCGAUCACAUAAAGGCCAGCAUAACAUCCACGUAUGGAUCAAUCUUAAAAAUGGAUUCAACUAAGAAGAUCACCAAGAAGUUGAGUGGGCCUGCGAAAGGCACAGCACAGUGGCUUACCUCAGUGGGCAAUGAGAUAGGUCAGGUGCUGAUGAGUGUCCUGACUGCGAAUGAAGGGGCUGGGUUAGACCUCAUGGCUGCAGGGCUCAUGGAGCGAUACCGGAGUGCUGGUGUUGAUCCUCCCACUAUCAUUUAUGUGGACUGUGAUUGUUGCAAGAAAGUGGGAGAGACUAAAUUGAAGAGGCGGUUCAGCGGCUGGCCAGAUGUCAUCGUCCGCCUAGACAUUUGGCAUUUUAUGCGACGUCUGGCAGUAGGGUGCACCACUGACGCCCACCAGUUGUACCCUACUUUUAUGGCAAGGCUGUCAUCCUGUAUUUUUGAGUGGGAUGCAGGGGAUCUCACUCUGCUGAGACAGGCCAAAAGGGAGCAACUCAUCCAACAGGGCUGGCCUACUCUGUCGGAGGCAGAACUGGACCAUCAUUUAACUAAAGCUGAGCUGCUCCAGCACUGCAGGAGGAGAACACGGGGAGAAGAAACCACUUUCCGCCUCCUUGAUAUGCUCAUCAGAGAGCUCAUGGGUGGCAAGGGGAAUGAUGCUCUUGGUGUUCCUCUACUUGACAGUGUGAGAAUGCAGCACAUCUGGAAUGUCCAGAGGCGGCACAUCACCUGUAUCCAAGACCCUCCAAAUGUGCCGCUCUAUACUGAAACUGGAACUACAAGCAAGGGUGGGGUGGUUCUAAAAACUUAUCGUUGUGCCAGAGGCUCCACAUCCCUGGAAUCAUUUCACUGCCACCUAAACAGAUUUAUUCCAGGGAACAGCGCAAACAGCCUGAACUUCCAGAUUUAUCUCCUGGAAGGUUUAUUACGCUGGAAUCAGGACCGGGCUGAAGCUGCUGUUGCAGAUGGAGGUUCAACUCUGCGCUCUUACACAGGGGAGCUGGUUUACUCUGUCAAUGAGAACUACAAUAAGUUGUAUGGCAGGAAAUUGGUCCCUAGCUUCACUCCACCUGCAGUAUACACAGGGGAGCUCAUUGGAGUACAGUACUUGUUGAGGCAGAAUAGUCAGCCCCUGGAGGACAUGUGCCCUACCUCUGAUAGGACCUCUCAAUUGCUGGAGGAGAUAGAUGUGGAGGAGCAAGUGGAAAAGGAUGAGGGUUUCAUUGAUUUCUUUGGAGAGGAAGCCACAGUGGCAAAUCUUGUGGCAUCAGAUGACUUAGUCCUUUCAGGUCCACCAGUUCUACCAGCUGCACCAGUUCCCAGUGUCCAGGCUCCUACAGCUGCACCACUGCCCAGUGUCAAAAUUCCACCACUGCCCAUUGUCCAGACUCCACCACUGCCCAGUGUCCAGACUCCACCACUGCCCAGUGUCCAGACUCCACCAUUGCCCAGUGUCCAGGCUCCACCACUGCCCAGUGUCCAGACUCCACCAUUGCCCAGUGUCCAGACUCCACCAUUGCCCAGUGUCCAAACUCCACCACUGCCCAGUGUCCAGACUCCACCACUGCCCAGUGUCCAGGCUCCUUCAACUGCACCAGUGCCCAGUGUAGCUGCAUCACUGCUCAGUGUCCAGGCUCCACCAUUGUUCAGAGUCCGGGCUCCUUCAGCUGCACCAGUGCCCAGUGUCCAGGCUCCACCACUGCUCAGAGUCCGGGCUCCUUCAGCUGCACCAGUGCCCAGUGUAGCUGCACCACUGCCCAGUGUCCAGACUCCACCACUGCCCAGUGUCCAGGCUCCACCACUGCUCAGAGUCCGGGCUCCUUCAGCUGCACCAGUGCCCAGUGUAGCUGCACCACUGCCCAGUGUCCAGACUCCACCACUGCCCAGUGUCCAGGCUCCACCACUGCUCAGAGUCCGGGCUCCUUCAGCUGCACCAGUGCCCAGUGUAGCUGCAUCACUGCUCAGUGUCCAGGCUCCACCACUGCUCAGAGUCCGGGCUCCUUCAGCUGCACCAGUGCCCAGUGUAGCUGCAUCACUGCUCAGUGUCCAGGCUCCACCACUGCUCAGAGUCCGGGCUCCUUCAGCUGCACCAGUGCCCAGUGUAGCUGCAUCACUGCUCAGUGUCCAGGCUCCACCACUGCUCAGAGUCCGGGCUCCUUCAGCUGCACCAGUACCCAGUGUCCAGGAUCCUUUAGAUACACCAGUGCCCUCAGCAAUGGCUGUUGACGAACACUGCAUUCCUGGAAUGGACCGGGUGGAUGCGUUGGCAGAGUGUCUGGUGGAGCUGCGCACACAGACAAGCCUCACACUUACCAACCAACAAGUUGCGACCAUUGUGGGUCUGUGGCAGAACCUGGACAAAUUUGAUAAAGACAGGGUGGUGUAUGCUGCUCGUCAUCAAGACAGGCUACUUACAGGACGUUUUAGGUCCCCAAAAAAGAAAGCUGUCUUCACUCCUGGUGUCGACAGCACAAAAAGGUGUGUUUUGGGUUCUAGCGGCUCUCCAGCACAGUGGCCUAAUUGCUGUCGCCUUGUUGAAAUGAUUUUCAUAAGGUUAUGUAACAUCCACCGAAGCCCCAAGAAACAGCGGACAGAAUGUCUGUCUAGAUGGGAUCUCAUUCUUCGUGAUUACAGAAAAAUUCGGCAGCUAAUCCUGAGCAAUGGAACGGUGAUGAGUGACACAACCCUUCAGCUAGUUGAGGUAAAUCAGAGGACCCUUACGACAUGGCACAAUAACCGUUUAAAGGGUCAGGAGGUCUCCUUGCUGUUGCAAGGGCUGGACCUUCCAGAGGCACGUCCAGUGGCUUUGGAUGUUUUGCCUCCAGCACGAGUACAGCCUGUUGUGCCUCCACAAUAUAGCCACCAGUUGCAUACCUACCAGAUGCCACCAGACACAGCUGGACAGGCAAAGACAAAGUUUAGAAAGAUUGCGCCCUCAGCUACCUGUACAUCUGCCACAGCAACUUCAAUCUGGCCAUCAGCCGUACACCCUCAGCGUUCAGCCACGUCCAGCCAGCUAAGGACAAUUUGUCCCAGGCCGACAGCACCACACCCAUUGGUUCCUGACACACCCACUGCCCCUGUUGUGUCUCAGAUGUUUCUGGUGCCCUGCCCAGCCCCAUUUUCCACCAUUAACCCUGGAGCAAUUUCCUCUGAGCCACCUGCAAAUGACACAGCCACUCCAACCAAACGAUCGUACAAUCGCACUGUAAAAGCAAAUUCGUGCAGAAAGUGUGGCCAAUUUCGUACUCAAGAAACUGGCCAUAGCCAGUACAAAGGCAAAAUAUAUUGCCCUAAUAAAGAAACAAUUACGAAGGAGCAGUGGUUACAGAUUAUGAGAAGAUAACUCAUUUAUUUAUGUGUGAUACAUUCAUUUUGUUCUCUUGGUUGGAUCUGUUCUGUUUUUUAUCUUCCAGCCAUAUUUAAUGUUAAAGAGUUAUACUGUGCACU